GAACGCAAUUCACACUCAUACAUUUGCACGUCCGUAAUUUAAAUAUAUCAUACGACCACAACUCGACGCUACACGCUGUCGACAGUUCGAACAAACAAGGUGCUGUGAUAGAGUGUUCCCGUCGGGAUUUUAAUUCAACAACAAAUUCAUUAUUAAUUUAUAAUAAAUUCAUAUCCUAAUAAAGUGUUUGUUUAAAUUAAAUUCCUUGUUUAAAAUUUUAUCAAUUGAAUUAUCCGAAGUUGCGCACGAAUCGCUAGCUGUCAUUGUGCGGCGCGAAGUGAUAUUUUUUUAAAACUCAAACAAUCAAGAUAAAAUGGACAGAUUGACCGUUUUCGGUAUAUCUGUGAUGUCCUGCGAGGCGGCGAGCGCUCUGUCUGCGGCCGAUGCCGUUUGCUUCGACGUUGACUCCACCGUCAUCAGGGAGGAAGGCAUCGAUGAACUGUCCCGGUACCUGGGCAAAGGUGGAGAAGUUGCCAAAUUAACCAAAGAAGCAAUGAAAGGCAGCAUGUCCUUCCAAGAAGCUCUCACAAAACGAUUAGAUAUAAUCAGACCUUCACAACAGAAUAUUUCAGACUUCAUCAAAGAUCAUCCAUCAACACUCACACCUGGAAUAAAAAACUUAAUUGCAUCCUUACAUCGGAAAGUACCAGUAUAUUUGGUGAGUGGAGGCUUCCGAUCACUCAUAGAACCUGUGGCCAAAGAAUUAGGAAUUCCAUAUGAAAAUAUAUUUGCCAAUAGAAUCAUAUUCUAUUAUAACGGAGAUUACGCUGGAUUUGAUGCAACUCAACCGACAUCUCGGUCUGGCGGCAAGGGGCAAGUUCUAGCGUUGCUGCGGCAGCAAAAGGGUUACAGACACAUUGCAAUGAUUGGUGACGGUGCUACAGAUUUAGAAGCACAGGCUGAUACCUUCAUAGGUUUUGGCGGAAAUAUUGUUCGAGAAGAAGUCAAAUCAAAAGCACAGUACUAUAUAACAGAUUUUCAAGAACUGCAGUUGUAACGUUAAGAAUCAGUAUUUCAAUCCUUAAUUGAAUAUAUAAUUUAUUUAUACUGCUUUAGAAAAGCAUCAAAAUGGGAUAUGUAGUUAAACUACACUAAUUUUGAAAUUAAACUAAAUUUGUAUAAAGUUUAUGAAAAUAUUUAUGUUGUUUGUUAGAUAUUGAAAUUGCUGGCAAAUGUAAAUACUGAAUUUGUAUCGUUAGAAUUUUGUUUAUUGGCUUAUUUGUUGUGAAGUAAAUCAAUUUUAUUAUAUUUUAAUUAACAAGUAAAGUUAUAUACUUGAAUUAUUAAUGACUCAUAAAAUAAUUAAAUACCAUUUACACAUAUGUAUAUAAACACAUAUAUGUAUGUGCAUGGAGCAGAAACAGCAUAUUCGAAGAAAAUUUUGUUAAGUCUUAAAUUGUUGACCGGCAAUUUUACUGAAAGUUUAUUUUAUGUCACCGGUUAUUAUUUCGCGAUUGGAUGUAGA